GGCAACAUCUCAUCAGUAGCUGAUCCGUUCUGUCGUGUGCUGCAUCAUGAAGUGGUUGAUUGUAGCAGCUGCCUGUCUGGCUGUAGUGAGCUGUUCUCUGGACCAGGAGUUCAACGAAUGGAAAGACAAAUUCGGAAAGUCCUAUCCUUCCCUUGAGGAGGAGGCACAUCGUAAAGGCCUUUGGCUCGCCAACCACCAGAAGAUCCAGGCUCACAACCAGCUGGCUGAUCAGGGUGUUCACUCUUACCGCCAGGGCCUGAACCAGUUUUCCGACAUGGAUCAUGAGGAAUUCCGUCAGACUGUUCUGACAAAGAUGGACCUGCCUAAGGCCCCUGCUGCCUCCGAGCCUUUCAGGGCCCCUGAUAAUGUAGGUCUUGCUGCCUCUGUGGACUGGAGGACUUAUGGCUGUGUUACUCCUGUCAAGAACCAGGGCCAGUGUGGAUCCUGUUGGUCCUUCAGUGCAACAGGUGCUUUGGAGUCCCACACCUGCAUCAAGCAUGGCAAUCUGCCCUCUCUGAGUGAACAGCAGCUGGUGGACUGCACUGGACCUUAUGGAAAUUAUGGCUGCAAUGGCGGUUGGCCUGAUAACGCUUUCCAGUAUGUGAAAAAUAACGGAGGCAUCGAUUCUGAGUCCUACUACCCCUAUCAGGCCCGGGUUGGCACUUGCCACUACAACAGCGCAUAUAGUGCUGCCACCUGCUCCGGAUAUCAAGAUGUGACACCCAGAGGCAGUGAGGCAGCUCUCCAGUAUUACGUCGCCAAUGUGGGACCCCUGUCUAUUUGUAUUGAUGCUACUGCCUGGCAGAGCUACCAGUCUGGUGUCUUCAACUAUCCUUCCUGCAGCCAAACUCCUGAUCAUGCUGUGCUGUUGGUUGGCUACGGAACAUCCAAUGGUCAGGACUACUGGCUGGUGAAGAACAGCUGGGGUACCUGGUGGGGAGAGCAAGGAUACAUCAUGAUGGCCAGAAAUGCCAACAACCAGUGUGGCAUUGCAAAUCAUGCCUCUUACCCUCUCGUCUAAUGUCAUGCACGUGGAUGGGCCAGAGUCCAGGCUUCACCAGCUGCUGGGACCAUGGCAAUUGGAAGCAACAUGCUGUUAAUGGUGUAGUUCAAAGACGAUACGACGUAUAAAAUAAUGAAACUAAUAUCAAUAAAAUUUGCUUUGAUAUAGAAUUUA